AACAUUUCAAUGUUCUAUGUGGUCUGUUCGAGAGACGGGGAAGGAGAAAGGAGAUUCGUGUUACGAUGUUGAAAAACGUUGGUGUUUGCAUGAUGACAUUGUGUGUAGUACGACUUAAUGGAAGGUCUUCAAAUCUUGCUUUUCAAAAACCUGUCACCAUGAGUUCGAUGAGAAUAUCUAUAGCCAGCCCAAUCUUUGCCGUUGACGGCAACAACGGCACCGACUGGUACUCUGACUACUGUGCAACAUCGGAUCAUUACGACAUGGAACCCUGGUGGAUGGUGGAUCUGCAUGGGUACUUCCACAUCCAUGACGUCCUCAUCACGAACAGGGGAGACGACUACUGGCAGCGUCUACACAGCUUUACCAUUGACGUGUUUAAGGAGAACCCAAUAGGCUGUGCACGCGCCACACCAGUCCAGUGUUACAACCGCACCGACCCACUGGAGCGUGGUGAGACUGUACAAUUUAAAUGUCGCUCGCCCGUGAAUGGUCGAUUCGUCCGUAUUAAGAAGUGGAACAUGACGGACGUGUUGGACACACUGAUACUCUGUGAAGUUCAAGUCUUUACCACAAAGGAAACAGGCUGUACUCCCCUUCGACCGUUCUAUCGAACACAAGGGACGCGAUUCGACUCGGCAAAUGUCGUCAUAUCCGAUGUUUCUGACGUCAUGAAUUGCGCGAGCAGAUGUGGCCACCGCGAUUGUUUGGCGUUCAACUACAACCAGAACCGUCAACAGUGUCAGCUCAUUUCAGCUCCGACGUUUAAUGAUUCAACAACGAUGACGUCAUCGUGGGAUUACUAUGGAGUGGAUCUGUGUUGAUAUGUUUACCAUUAGCACUAUAGAUUACACUUUGUAACUUAUUUUGUUUAUAUUUUCUCCAUACUACACUCAGUGCAGUUUAUGAGAAUAACAUUCUUGUCUUGUCUUGUCUUGUUUAACAGCCGAAGUCUUUCUUUUGUCUUUCCUUUUUAAACUGUCCGUAGUCUGCAGGCAUUGUAGGAUGUUUCGAACCAACAGAAUACUUUUAAAGAUUAAACUUACAUAUUAAAUACAUGCUAUUGUUUAGAAUAUCAGUGUCGGUAUAUCUAUAGUCCGUCCAAUAUGGAACGUCUUUUUUCAUACUAUGAUAUUUACUACAAGUUAUUUAUUGAUUAGCCGAUUGAUUUGUAAAUUGCCCACUUUUUUUUUCUUUUUUUGUUUUGUUAUUUCCCAAACACGUUUACUUUUCUUGUUACGUCAAACAAAACUGCAAUUAAUAGCAAAACACAUGUUUAUAGAAUGAUGGGACGGAGUAAUAAUCUCUUUAUCAUAUAAGUUCAAGCUUAAUGCAUCGUGUGUUUGGGUUUUUGUGUUUUUUUUUUUUUUUUUUUUUUUUUUUUUUGUAAACUGUACACACAACUUUAAUUCCAGUUCGCCAUUACUAAAUAUUCCAAUGACGUACGAAUGUGACAUGGUGUCUUUUUUAAUGGAAAUGACGUCAAACUCGAAUGACGUCAUUUUGGAUGCCGUUACAUCAAAAUAAACUAUGUGCUUAACGUGUUUUGUCUUCUGGACGCUGGACAGCUUUUAGUGUAAAAUUGCUAUUGAAAUGUUUGUGUGUGAUGACUAUUAAUGUAUACGUCAGUUAUGGAGUGUCACCCUAGUACGUUUGCUUAAAUGUUAAUAAACCUAGUGUCGUGACGUCGAUUAAUUUACAUUUGCAAAGUUAUCAAAUUCUUGAAGUAUAUGAUCUCAAACAUAUCACACACUUUGAUUGCAUACAGACACACAUACAUACAUACAUGCAUACAUACAUACAUACAUACAUACAUGGAAGCUUCGAUAAAUCAGAGCGUAUCGUGGUUAGUCUUGCAAUUUGCGGGCGAAUCGGUGCCACAGGUUCGAGCCUCAGCAACGGCAUGGGACAAUUUGUGCGGCCAGAAAGGAUGUAAGUACCCCCUGUGCCAGUGCGUUAAUAUCUAUGUAUGUACUAGUCAACCUCGACAUACAAUAUAUAGAUAUUCAUACAUCAAUACAUACAU